ACAGACAGACGGAGCGAUAGAGAAGCUGCUGCUCGGUUCAGAAAAUGGCCGACAGAUUUUCUAGGUUCAACGAAGAGCGUGAUUUCAAGGGUGGGAAUCACUUUGACCAGUAUGAAGAAGGCCAUUUGGAGCUGGAGCAGGCGUCCCUGGACAAGCCCAUCGAAUCGCGAAUUGGCCCCCUAUUAGCUAAGCAGCAAUGACCCGGUUUGUAUUUGCACGCUCUGCUUUCUUACUCCUAUCUUUAGGGUCCUUGUAACGCUUCUCUGACUGUCUUUCUCUCUCUCUGUUUCACUACUGUCGCACUCUACAUCUAUUCUCUCUCUACCUCUACUUCUCUCUCGCUCCCUCCCUACUACACAGUGAUUCGUUGUACAGUACCCUCUGUCAUUCUGUGCUGGCAUGGUGCUUGUGCAACUGGGACUGCAUUUAUUUCGCUGAAGAGGCACAAAGAUAAUAGCGCAGGCAGCUCUCUUUUUUUCUGUCUUUCCCACUCUCUCCACCCCCCCAUCCCCUCUCUGUCACUGAAGCUCUUUGGUGAGCAGGCCCAAACUCCUCUUACCUACACAGUGUCCCAUGACCUCUCCUCAACCUUAGAGAUGUGCUUUGAAAGUCAAUCAGAUAGUACCAGCAAUCUAACAGGCAUGCUCACUUUCUACAGUUUCUAUAAUCAUCAAACAAAAGGGAUUUUAUUUUUUCCUAAAUUAAAGCUAUAUUUAAACAAUUAACAUAGCUAGAUUGCAGCAUAAGUAAACUAGAUAUUUGAAACAUAAUUAAACAAGUAAAUUAUGAGUAUCAUGACAUAUAACAGGAUUGCCUGAGAAAAUAAAAAAGUUGAGAUUAAACAUUCCCGUCAAUUAAAAAAAUAAAAAUGUAAGGAGUUUUUAAGCAGUGGAAUAAAUUUCAUUCGGCUGAUCACUGUGACACUCCCGUUUGAAAGGGAAAAAAACACUUAAUUUAUUCACAAUUUUCUAAUGUAUGAUCAAAUGUGUAGCCUAUAUUUGUGUUUAAGAUGUGCCAGAAUCUGGCAUAGAAUCUUUUUACAUCCUGGUUGAGUUUCACUUAUAUUGUUUUCUAACAGGCACACAAACCUCCCACUGUGUGUGGGUGGUGGAGGGGGAGAAAUAAAAAUAGAGAGAGGUGGCCUUCUCACCUGGCUUGAGUGACUCUUUAGCUCCUGCGCUAUUAUUUGUGGAGGGGCGCUGAGGGCAGCGCUGCAGCAUCACACAUGUGGAAAAGACAUGGCCACAACUGUGGGGGAUGUCAACUGUCACAUCGUCACUAAUAGAAAUACACACCUUUACAUAUUCUCUUUGGAAAGUGCAUGCUCAAAGGAGAUGGUGGCAGACUGUUUAACCACAAGCAAGUAACUAUGAAUAUUUGUUAACCCUGAGGAUUAUUUUAAAGGAUCUGGUGACACAGUUUCGUUACAUCAGUUAUAUUUCAAUAAUACAAAUUACACAGUUUAUAAGACUGUCAAAUGCAACAUGUACAAACAGUAUAGUCCACAAAUUCUACCCCUAAUCAGCCUUAAACAGUGCACCUAAAUAGAUAGCUAAAACAUCACAGUAAAACACAGACUGACAUAGAGUAUGUGACAGUGUUGUUACAGGUACACAGGCCUGAUCUGGGAUCUGUUAGUGAAUGCUUUGGCCCAGCUUCUCGGAGCCCCUCCCCCGCCACUUAUUGUGUGUGAACUAUAGGCAGCUAGAGGUCUGUGGUACUUUAUUGGGAUCUUUUUUCUCUUUCUGUCUUUCCCCUUUGGUCUUUUGCUCUUUCUCUAUAACAUUGUUUUUGCAUUGCAUGUGUUAACUUGGUAGCAUUCAGUACUAUUUUAUCUCAACACUCUGUCCUAAUCACUACUACAGUUUUCCUCCAAUACUCAUCCCUCGUACGUCCCCUGCCCCCUUUCAGUCCCUCCAACCUCCCCUCCUUCCCUCUCUGACCCUGUCCAAGAGCGAUAUGCAGCGGGCAGCCUCAGAGCCACAGAAACCACAUAUACGCACCAGAAAUCUAAGAAUCACAUGUACGCAGACCACAAUGCGUUUUUCUCUUAGUAAAAAUGUUGUUUCAACCUUUUUGAUUCAAGAUGUAUUCAUUACUACUUCUCAACUUGUACUACAGAUGCUAAAAUAUAUGGUGUAUUAGAUAUGACAAUUGGAUAAGAAAAUGAAAACCCCCCAAUCCUUUUUUUAUUUGAAUCCUGCCCUACUCGUGACCUACAUUAUUUGCAACAUGGCAAGCUUUCUAUUAAGCACCAGCCUUAAUCCAGAGAGCAUCAGUGAUGCUGGGUUCAAGGUCAUUGCUAAUGCCCUGAAAAUAAUCUGUUUUAAAGUCAGCAAUGGGGUAAGUGUGGAGAAAAAGAAUAACCUAACCAAAAAACCCACUUCAAACUGAAUGGGAAGGCCAGUUUUACAGUCUCUGUUUAAAGUGACUGGAGACCGCUACAAAUGUGGGCUUCAGUGUUAACUUAAUUUCCGGUUGAUGCAUUGGGCUUUCAGAAUUAUGAGGUAAGUAUGUAUUUUAAAAUGAUUCCAUUUAAACCGGACGCUGGUUCUCUGUCAUUUUCCCAAUCACUUAAUUCAUGAAAUCUGUUAUCCCCUCACGGUCACUCUGACACUUCCACACUUCACCUCCAUUUGCUGGGAAAAAGGAGCCGUCUGUUAAAGCAAUUUGACUCUUGAUGCACUGAGACAGUUGUUUCCAUUUAGUCACACCUGCAAAAGUGGAGACCAACUAGGAAUACACAAGGGAGCAGCAAAAGUUUAUGAGGAGCAGCAGUCAGCAGGCCCUGUCCUCCACCAGCACUUCCAAAAACACAUUCCUCAAGGACACGAGAGAGGAGGAUGAGUAACUGCAGCAGCCCCCCUUUUUCUGCAAGACAGAACCCUAAAGGGUCCGUGUUUACUCAUCAGAACAUACAAGCUCUCAAAUCUGUUUUUGUGAGCAAUAAUCCCCCAAAAUGAUAUAAAAUAUGUAGUUUGAGUUGAUUUAGUUGAGUCACUUGCAUAGAUUAAUAUGCAUGUCCAGUGUUACAUCUUUCUCUGGAACCAGAGCAUUUUCUAAUAUCGAGACACGCUCCAGUACUGUAGACAUAUCAAUGACUGCUUCGAUUGAGCAAUAAGAUUCCUAGAUACUCUGAGGUCUCUAGGUGGGGUCCCCUGCAUAUCACUUCCCUUCCAUAUCUUUUUCCAUGCACUGUGCCGAUGACGGCACAAUGCACAGUUUUAAAAACACCUCUCCUUUUAGAUCUCUUUUGUUUGGAUAACAUUUUCAAUUUUUUCUUUCUCCUGUAUUAACAGUCAGUUGGUGGAUUUAUUGACAUGCCCUUUCUGUUUGUAUACAGUAUUAUGUUUGUUUAAGAGCAGAGAGAAAGAUUUGCAUAUGUAAGAACUUAGAGAAGCUAGCAGAAUUGCAGUUGAAAGCGUUUGGCCGGUUUCUUACGUUGUGUCACGUGUGACUGUUUUUUUGACAGCCCAGUAUUUUAAAGCCAGGUUCGUAUGGAAAUGCCUUCACUCCACUUGCACUGCUGUUGGACUCGCCGUCGUUGCUUUCAUCCGUCUGUCUGUCUAUUCUUUUGGUGCACUCAUCUGUUGUUCAGACACGCAGUGAGCGCCUCAUCUCCGCCCUCUUAGUUUGCUGAGCCCAUUUUGAACUAAUCUUUUUAUUAGUGUCAGCAGUUGCGACUGAUGCCUUAUCCAACUUGCCCUUCUUGUUUUUAAUAAUAUUUUGUUUCUAAUCUUGCAGAGAUAAAAAAAAAAUAAGCUUUCUAUGAGAAAACACAUUUAAUUUAAGGUAGGGCUUAUGUUCUCUGAGCUUUCAGAACAUUUAAUUAUAAGGCCCUUGGUCAGACUUCUCUGGCUUUCGAGAUCAAAAAUAAACAAAUCCGCAAACGGGGAUUGUGUAAACACGAGACAGGAGCAGCUAGUAUAGGGUGCAUCUCAUUUUCCUUCUUGCUGAAACCUCAUAGAUCAGCGUAUUCCCCAAAUCAAUAUAGAUAAUCAUGUGUAGAGUGGUGCACCAUAAUACUGCAGUAAGAGACAGAAGCAUACCCAAUGUCGGUGGGAGGGGAGGCAUCCACUGCAGCAAAUUCUGCUGUGUUUCCUACAUAAUGAAGUCAGGGGACAUGUUGUCCACCAUGCAGGAGGCAACAAACUAUUAGCCAUGCAGCCUAUCUUUGGUGGUGACAUGCCAAGGAACUGCCAGGCAAUGUACAGUGAAAGCAUGUCAAAUGUAGGAUUUAAUGUCCCAGUUAUGAUUUGAAACAAGCAGGUGUCCUCAGUUCCCUUCCCACCAUGUGAGACCCAGCACAGAUUCCCUCCUAUCUCACCCCGCAGCGGAAAGGGAUCUGAAUGUCACACAGAGUAAACACAUCUCAUAGAUCCAUGAAAUAGUGGGGGGAAAAAAUACCAAACCCAACAGAAACAGGAAGUGAGGCAGUUAAGCUUCUCUCUUGGGAGGAAAACAUCAGCCAGUUGUUUUGGAUAGAUUUAUUCCAGAUAUCUGGGAUUUCACAGUUCUAAACACUGACCUAUCGUUUUUUUUCUCUCAGAAAUAAUAAAUAGGGCAAAAGAAGGCAUCAGUUUGCUCCUAAACGCCAACAGGGUUUGAACAUGAUUAUGCCAAAUUUACCAUAAAUGAGACCCUUUGGGCGGAGAUGCAGUGUGUGCUGUGUGUGUGUGACUCCCACUCCCCUUCACAUGCACUAACCCAUUCAAGCUCAGCUCACCUCCAACACCCCAGAAACUCACCUCCACCAUGGCUCAGCCUGCUCUGUUCUGUCCCCACCUCCUCUUUGUCAAAGAGAACUAAUUGAGCCCUGUUGAGCCAUCACCUUCCUCUCUGUGCCUGAUCCACCUGAAACUAACAUAGUUGGAGUUUUGUUACCCGCCCUCCACCCCAGCCCGCUCCACCCCUCUGUAUGUGUACCAUUCACGCUACUAACACCGACGAUACUUUUUGUUAAAAAUAAUUUAACAAAAAGCUGCAUGCUGUUUUGUUCCAACCCCUUCACUUUCUGUUUGUGAAAGUUGAUGUCAAUCUCUUUGUGAUUAUAAAUAUCCUUUAUGUUUGGUUUGUAUGUUUUUUUGGUAGAAUGCAGCACUCUGGUGAAUGUUAGCAAAGCUUGGAAUAGUUAUAAUCACAACAGAAAACACUGCUUAUUAAGAAAUCUCAUUGUUUCCUGUUUAUUUGUGCUUGAGGAUGUACUGUAGUGUGUAGUGGUGGGAUGAUCUUGCAUUUCACUUAAUGUUUUUGUUUUUCUUGCUGACCCAUACUAGUGAUAUAACGCUCUCAAGACAUGUGCAAUUGCCCCCCUGAGUAUACUAGGAAUUGCUGUUGUGUGUGUUCUCGCACUUUUCUCUUGCCUCUUUGAUUCAAUAUAAUGGGUCUGAUCUUGCCCACAUGUACAUUGUCUGUAUACUUUCCUAAAGUAUUCAAAUAAAACCCCCAAAUUAAUAUUUAGUUAUAAAUUAUAACAGAAAUAAAAUGGCCUCUACCCUGCCAGCUCCCUAAAUUAAAAUAUUCGAUUGAGCCCAUGUAGGAAUAGAUCUGCUAAUUUUCUUGAGAAUUUGCUGAGUCAGCGUGAUGACAUUUAUUUCGCAGCUGUUGUAAAGCCGGGAAAAAACUACCCACAGGUAAAAUUGAUGAGUCAUUUAAACAAAAAUAUCCAACUGCAGAGACAAAAAGAUUCAGGUACUUAAGUAGGUAUGGGUGGCCUCUGAAAGCGUCCGACAAAUGAAAGGAGCUGCAAGAGUUUUGCAUUGUUUAUGACCAAAUGAUGAGCCUCUUUUGUGCUCUAGCCAGGCGCCACCCCUCUUAUAAAACAUACUUUUCCAGAAAGAGAUAAUGCUUCUGACAAACUCCUGUUGUGUGCUCAGUCUUAAAAUGAAAACACUUGACAAAGUACAGACCAGAUUUUCUCGACAUUGCCUGGACUUCAUUUGAAAAAAUGGUUUAUGAGAGGAUUUAAAUAAGAGGCAAGCUAACAGCACACAGUUGUGUCUAAUAAUGGUUUAAAAUAAUUGUGCAUAUGGUUUAGAUCAGACCAUUGAUAAAAGACGAAAAAUACUGGAGGUGUCCAAAUCAUUCACAACAGCUAUUUCUAGUGAAUCCAACGGGGCUACGUGCACACAAUGUCUCCCUCUCUUCACCUGCACACCCACAUAUCCCCUCACACGUGCAUAUUCUGUCCACCCUGGGCCUUGUAAUGGUAAUCCAAGGCCCAUUAGCCCCACUUCUGUCUCUUCCUCUUGCUAUAGUUUUUGUGACAGCUGCAUAUGUUUUCAUGGUGCUCUCCUUGUCAUGGUUACGGAAUCACAGCAAGCUUGGAGUUUCUGAUCUUUGUUUUGUUAAUGCAAGAUUUCCAUACCUGUUCUGUGUCACUUUUCUUUGUGUACUAAGAUCUUGCUCUGUAGUGGUUCAUAUAUGUAUGCGUGUGUGAUACAUAUAUGGCCUCCCUCCUUCCUACCACUCCUUAACUUCUCAGUUAGUGGAUGUGACUCAAUGUUAUCUUUAUCAUCCAAAAUGAAAGAUAAAGAAAUGCUCAUGCCAAAUUACUUUGCCUUACAAAACAGCACUCUGUAGGAGGGUGUCCUGUAGUUUACAAGCUACACAUAGCCUCAUGUAGUGUUCAUAGUGGACAAGCUACCCUUCCUCUCAGUCUCCAACCAUCUACCCCCCCACCCUAACCGUCCUUACCACUCCUUGUGCUGGAAGACACUGAUAAUACACGCUGUAGGUGAUGUGGAUGACAAUAAUGAUAAUGGUGAUGGUGGUGGUUGUGCUGAUGACGAUAGUGUGAUCUGAGUGUCUUUUUAUUUUUUGUUUUUGUUUGUUUGUUUUUGAUGAAAACCCAACAGGGAAAAGCUCCUCUUAUUAUUGGAAUAUUUUUGGUUUUUUUCUCCUCUGUUCUCUCUGCUAGGAUAACAUUGGGCACCGGCUGCUUCAGAAACAUGGCUGGAAGUCGGGGCAAGGUCUUGGCAAAAGCAUGCAGGGUAAGGUUUGUUGGAUCCCCUCUGUAUGUCAGUAUGUGUGUGUGGGUGUGUUUUCUUUCUCCCACUCUGCAGUUGACCUCAAUGUAACACCCCUUUGACAGUGUACCGUAGGCUAAUGGCCUCUGUCAGCUUCCUCCUCUUUGCUUCAUAAUCACUAAACCUUUAUUUCAAUCUGCACAAUGAGUAAAGUGCUUCGAUUUGAACAAAGAACAACAAUCCAUUUCAAAUCAAGGUAGAUUUAGGAAGCUAUGAUUCCAUCACAUCCCUUAGAAUCAUCAUCUCCACGUACGUUAGAUUUUUUUUUUCCUCUUUGAGUUUCCGUUGCUGCUGUCGGGUAUCUGAUUGGCUGUAACCACGGCUCAGACUUUGAAUGGCUUGCAGAGUAGACAUGUUUUCCCCCUUCUGCUUGUUUGCCUGUUUCUACCUCAAAACCUGUGAAGCUUGUGUGUAUGUGCGUGGUCAUCAUGUGGGACUGAGAUGUGUGUGUGUGUGCGUCUGUUACUGACCGGGCCAUAGAGUCAACUUACAGGGAAAAUCUCACCACCUUUCUACACCCCAAAUGUCUCUGUCCCCAUGGUAAAACACUCCCGUCCUCCCCCCGUUUCUUUGCCCCUCCUGCACAGCAUGUUUGUCCUAGCGGUGCACUCCUGCCUGCCUCAAACCGUCACACUCACCUGGGGCUUUAAGCAGUGUUGGAGGUACUGAGCUACUACUUUAACAGGAUAGAGUGAAAUGUAACACAUUUGUAGGAUACUUUGGGAAAACUGCUGCUAGAUAGCAACACAGACCACGCUCUAAGCACUGCUCAAAGCCUUGCUGGCUCUUUGCUCAGGUACAUUUUUAUGUAUGUCAUGUGUUCACUUGUUCUAGGGUAAAGCACGCCCCAAAACAAUCUCGCUGGCUGUAGGCUAGUAAGGAAAUGAAAGAUUCUCAGGGAGAUUUGCUAUGACUGGGCUGACAAGCAUCUGCCUUGCAAAAAACGCUUAAAGGGGGAAAAUGGUGGUCGUCCCUAAAGGCAUCAAUCGUCUCAGACUAGAUAGUUGUCCCCAUGAUAAAACAAAAUGAAACAUAAAGACUGGCAACAGAGGCUAGGCCUGUCACAAUAAUUACUAUUGAUUUUAUCGUACGAUAUUUGGACAUGACCACAAAGGUUCUAACGGACCUUGAUAUUGCCUGUUGCACAAGUGUUUGUAAAGAUAAGAAUGUCACGAACAGCAUGCCAGAAUAAACAGUGAGGUUUCCAUUGCAUUAUCAGACCUGCAUUGCACAGUUAUGUUAUCAGAGCCAGAGAGUAUGCUCUAUUUAUUUUUUCUAUUUCUAUCACAUUCCAAUCCAAUAUAUUAAUAUACUUAAGGAGUUAAAGUCUGUUGCUGUUUAAAAUAUUUUACUUGCAUUAUUAUGCCAUUAUUUUUAUCAAAUCUGUGGCAUAAAAAUAGUCUUUAAAAAUGUCAAUAAUGUAAUUUAUCGCAAUAUGAUGCAGUAUAUUGUCCAAUCUAAUGUAACUAUCGUGACAGGCCUACCAGACUCUCCACAGUAGAUUAGUUUUGAUUCACAACUCUUGCCUUUUAGCUUUUACCUAUCAGUUAAUAUUGAGUUGUAGGUUUUUUAAUCACUCCCUUACCCAUUGUAGCUCCUCUAAAACCACCUAUAUGACUGGGUUUCUCAUUUUUCUUCUCUGUAAAGGUUAAAAGUGAAGGUUUUCAGUAAUGGAGGGAUACAGGACUUGGGGCAGAAUUUGUAAGGGGGGGGUAGUUUGGUACCUUGGGGGCAUAUUGUGGUUUAGAGAGUGAGGCGAUGCCAGGCUAGGGGCCCGGGGACUGGGACCAGUGGUUGGGAGAGAGUGGUGAGAGGAAAUCCCUGUAAGCACCUGGCCAUGAGUGAAGGGAAGAGGGGGGUGGGGGGGUGACACACUAAACCCCCUCUGGUAAUAAACCCCAAAGACACACUCCAAACCCCACCCUCCCUUCUCUGUGUGCCUCAAUCUUCCUGCUUAACCAAUUGGUGUUUCUUUUUUACAGCGAUUUGAUCCUGCCCAUGUUGUGCUGAUGGUAAACUUAGUGGACGCACCGACCCUGUGCCCAUCACCCUCAAAUAUGAUGUCAUGGGGAUGGGACGCAUGGAGAUGGAGCUGGACUAUGCAGAGGACGCCACAGAGAAGAGAAGAGUGCUCGAAGUUGAGAAGGAAGACACAGAAGAACUACGGCAAAAAUACAAGGACCAGGUGGAAAAGGAGAAAGCCAUUGCAAAGGCUUUGGAAGACCUGAGAGCCAAUUUCUACUGUGAGCUAUGUGAAAAACAGUACACCAAACACCAGGAGUUUGACAACCACAUCAACUCUUACGACCACGCUCACAAGCAGAGGCUUAAAGAGCUCAAACAGAGAGAGUUUGCUCGUAAUGUGUCAUCUCGCUCCCGGAAAGGUGGAAAAAAGCAAGAAAAGAUGCUGCGCAGAUUGCACGAGUUGGCUGAGCAGAGGAAACAACAGGACCGCACUCCAGGAAGUGGGCCCAUGUUCAAACCUACCACAGUGGCUGUGGAUGGAGAGACUUUAGAAGAUGGCGACAUAAUGCCUGAAAACACUGAUUUGACAGACUGUGUCCCGGAAGCACCCCUUGAAGAGAAAAUUGAGGAAGCCUCCCCGAAACCAGCUCCAACCAUCAGCUUCUCUCUGGGGAGGAACAACUCCUCAUCCCCGACCCCUAGUGGGGCAUCCAAAGUUAGUGUGUCCUUUUCUUUUGCCAAGAAAGCCCCCGUAAAGCUGGAAACAGCCGCCGCAGUGUUUACUGAUCAUGGCGAGGAGGCUAUGGAGGAAGAAGAGUCACAGGAUGGAGAAAAGGCUGGAGGGCAAGAGGAGGUUUCUGGCAGCAGCUCGGACAGCCCUAAGGAAGGUGAAGGAGAAGGUGAAGGAGGAAGUGAAGCAGGAGAGAGCGUUAGUGUGGCAGUGGCAGAAGAGGUGGAGCAGCCUGAUGACGGAGCCUCUCUAGCCUCCACUCUCAACAAAUUAAAGAUGAUGAUGAAAAAAGAGGAAGGAUAUGCAGGACAGGAGCCGGAGUACUAUCACUAUAUACCUCCUGUUCACUGCCGGGUGAAGCCUCACUUCCAGUUUCUGCUGUUUAUGAAGGCCACUGAUCAGUGUCUGAUCAAAGCAGACGACGAAGAGGAAGAGGGGCAGGAGGAGAGGAAGAAGGUUGAAGAAACGACUAAAGAGACGGAGCCCGACGCUACAGAGGAAUGCAAACCUGAGAAAGAACUAGAUAAUGUGACUCCAUCCCCUGACCCAGAGCCGACUCCUCCGUCGCCUAAAGCAAAGACGGAGGAUGUCUCUUCCCCCGCAGCAGAUCCAGUCUCAUUACCCACUUCCCCUGUUCAGAAGGCGGAGAGCACACAGGAUAGAAAGGAUUCCAACUCGGGUCCUAAGAUCCCCACGGGUCCCUUCUUCCCAGUUCUGAGCAAAGAUGAGAGCACUACCCUGCAGUGGCCCUCUGAGCUCCUCGAGUUCACCAAAUCUCAGCCCUCCCUGUCCUACAGCUGCAAUCCCCUCUACUUUGACUUCAAGCUGUCCCGCAACAAAGGAGUGCGUGCUGGGAAAGCAACAAAGUCUCCAAAGCCUUGUGAAGCGUCUAAUGACAAGGGCCAAGAGAUGGCGGCUUCAACAACAACAACUGUAGAUGCAAAUACUAAACCUGGGACCAGCACGGACAAUGACAAGCCAACAAAAAAAGGAGAGCUUGAGCAAGUAGAAAGUGAGGAGCAAAAGCUUCAAACUGGAAGCACUAGUGCCAAGAAAAAAAAGAAAAAGAAGAAGCACAAGAAGUCUGCAAAGCACUCAAAACGCAAGACUGGAAAAGAUGGGAAGGGAGCCAAAGAAGAUGCGGAGGGCGAGACCGAGGCAACGCAAGAGAAGCCCAAAAAGAAGAAAAAACACAAACGGAAGAAGAACAAAAACAAGGAUCCCAAUCCAGAUGAGGCAGCUGUUGAUGAAAAGGAAAAAGCCAAACCAAAGUCAGAAGAUAAAACCGUGGCCUCGUCUGUUCAGCUGACAACUGGAAGUGGAGAAGCUACAGGAAACACAGGAGUAGAAACAGGGAAGAGGAAACGUGCUAAUAAGGAAGUGCCUUGUAAGUCUGGAGCAGAGGAAGGAGGAGCUGGAAAAGGCAACGACAAAGUCAACUCCUCAGAGGAGCACAGUGGUGCAAAACGACAAAAGACCGACUCCAGUGAAAAAUCUCAGAGUGCCUCCUGCUCCUCCUCGGCCCAAAAGAAUCCCGGUCCCGGUCGACCUCCCAGCAGCGGGAGUGAAGGAGAAGGGGGCUCUAAUACCAAGCGCUCACGGCAUCACAGGUCAAGUCCUCGGGAACAACGGCGUCACCACAGCGAGGAAUCAAGGCGGUCCUGCAGCCGCUCUUCGAGGCGGGGGGAGAGACGGGGCAGCAGCCGCCGGCGCCAUCAUGGCCAAACCUCCCGUAGCCACUCGUACUCCAGCAGCUCCGAGCGCUCCUCGGCAGGCAGCAGCGCCUACAGCCGUCGCAGCCGCAGCAACUCCAGCUACAGCAACUACAGCAAAGAGGGCCGCAGACGGAGGCACUCCAAACGCUCCUCAGACUCUGAGUACGAGCGAAGAGGAAGCCGAGGACGUAGACGAUCCAGGAGACAUCGUUCCUCCUCUUCCUCCUCAGAAGAAUCCCGAUCACGUUCACGCAGUCACAGCCGCAGGAAGAGGCACCGGCGGCACCAUCGCAGCAGCUCGAGAAGCUCCAGCAGCUGGAGCCGCAGCACCAGCCCGAGGUCCUGGAGGCGCAGCUACAGCCGAAGCCACAGCUCAGCCAGCCGCUCCUCCAGCUCCACCAAGGGCUCUUCUCGCCGACGCGCUCCCAGGGCUCGAGUGGAAACCGACGCACAACGCAGAGACUUCAACCGCUCGUGCAUCUACCGCUCCCAGUCUCCGCGUUCAUCUUCCUCACGAGGCCUUAACCGCAACACCCAUUCAUCCAGCUCACAGUCUCUGAGGCAAGGGGGGUCCCGGGAUGCAGGAGAACAGAAAAACAGCCUUACUGCACGCCAGCUGCUGGAGAAGGUUCAGUCCAAAAGGAGCUCUGAUGAUUCUGCCACAGGAACAAAAUCUGGGAAUAAGAUUAAAGAUCCACCACAGGGAUACUUUGGACCCAAACUACCCCCGACCCUGGGAAGCAAAUCCAUGCUGCCGCUCUUUGGUAAGCUGCAGGCCGGAAAGAAACCCCUGUUUCCCUUCACCAGACCUAUGGAGGUUGAGAAAUCAGGAGCUGGAAAGUGUGUUGAGCCAGAAGUUAUCCUGGUAGAGCCUAUACGGGAGUUCCCCCCUCCCCCCCCACCGCCAGCUCCCCCGGUGCAGAAGGUCGAGGAGGCCCCACAGAUCACAGUUGUGCAAGAGGAGACACAGCAUCCCGCUAUAGAAGCUCCUGUUCACCAAGAACCCCUGCCACUGUUCGAACCCGAUGAGUCUUCCAUGGCGAUGGCCCAGUACCAAGCAGAAUCUGGACAGGACCCUUCUCAGAACCCCAUGAUGGAGUCCCUCAUGCCAGAAAUGCAGCAUCAGCAGCAUCAGAUGCAUGCCUACCCUGCUUACCCCCCACCCAGCCUAGAGGAGGAGUGCAUGGAGGCGGAGGAAGACGGCCUGGCUCCUUUAGAGAGUCAGCCCAUCACGUUCACACCAGAGGAGAUGGAGAAAUACGGCAAGCUGCAGCAGGCUGCUCAGCAGCACAUCCAGCAGCAGUUGAUGGCCAAGCAGGUGAAGUCUUUUCCCUCAGCUGCUGCCGCCGCUGCCAGCCUGGCCCAGCCCCCACCUCCCCCCACCAUGCAGCAGAUCCACAUCCAGCAGCCCACUAUGUCCAUGGCCUCUGGCACAUCAAUCACCACAGUGCAGCACGCCAUCCUACAGCACCACGCAGCUGCAGCGGCAGCCAUGGGCAUCCACCAACACCCUGCACAUGCCCACCACCCUCACCCUGCACAUGCCCAGUUAGCCCAGGUACACCACAUUCCCCAGCAUCACCUCACCCCCAUCUCCCUGUCUCCUCUGGGCCACUCCCUCAGUCACUCUCUGGGACACUCUCUGGGACACUCUCUGGGACACACACUGGGACACUCUCUGGGACACACACUGGGACACUCACUGGGACACGCAGGACUGAUUCCUGCCCACCACACCGCCUUCCUCUCCGGUCAGCCCAUACACAUUAUCCCAGCAUCUGCACUUCACCACGGCCCCUUAGCUCUCCACCAUGUACCACAUGGACUCUACCCCACACUUUUUUCAUCCCGCCCCUCACAGGCUGCUGCAGCAGCAGCUCUCCAACUUCACCCGCUGCUACACCCCAUCUUCUCAGGGCAGGACCUCCAGCACCCACCUAACCAUGGCUCCUGAGUAAUACAAGCAAAGUAUAGUCACAGCCACAACCACUGAAAGAAAGAAAGACUCGACCUGAACCGGCUUACGUCAGGGUUUGGAUGAAGUCUUUGAGACAAAGCUGUCAAUAAGCAGCCCUUCUACUGACCAACACAGGGCAGGAGUUGGAGCCACAAAGUGGUGCUGCCUGUGUCCCACUCAGAGUUGACAUUUUCCUCUGGCUUUUGCAAGAUAUUUUUUUAUGCAUUGCCCUGAACUUCUAAAAAAGAAGUUCAAGUUUAAAGAGACUUCUUAAAGACAUGGUUUAUAUUCGAACUUGAGGUAAAUUAACACAACCCAUUUACUUUUGAAUGAUGAAUAAGAGAAAUCACUGGAGUUUGUUUUGUUUUCCAUAUAAAUAUUAUUUCGGACUUUUUUGCUCAUCUUGGCAGCCAGAGUGACGUACUGGCUGAAGCUAUAAGCUGAACCAUGUUAAGAUGAGGAGUACGUGGUAGGCUUUGACUCUAUAAUGUACCUUUCAGAGACAGACUACUUCAUAUUUACUGGUAUUGUUUAUGUUCUAAUAUGACUACUUGAUCUUUAUUGGAUCCUUGGUCUCAAUUCAUUUGUAAUGCAGUAACGUGUACAUAUAUCAGUGUGUAAUGUGAAGAAUCCCACCAAUGAUCACCAUAUACAAUGACAGCUAUGGUGUCCCAGUCGGUAUGACAAUGUCCCUUAUGAAUCAAACCUUAUGUGGUUGAAGGAGGGGUUUGAACAUCCCUGACGCUCUGAGGCAAAGCUCAUGAUCCCUGUGUGGGGGUGCACCUGAAUAAAUUGCACUGAAAAUCUGUACAUCGAGAUGGUGCGUUUGCAUCAUGUAACAAUAAGAUUGUAGUAUACUGCAAUAAUUGUAUUUUUCUGUUUUUAAAUUAUUUUCCAAAAUGCUCUUCAAAAGAAGGGCUGUGUUUUGCUUUUGUGUAAUUUUGUAAAUAAAGCGGCUGUAGAUUAACCUAUUAACGUUCUAGCAGUUUGGUAAAAGCAGAAUUACAAGAUGGAUGGAAGACGGUCACGUGAAAUGUAUUCUAUCAAGUUUGUUUCUAAAUGAACCCGGUUAACAGUGGCUGGGAUGGCAAAGGAUAGGGAUCUGUGAAGCAGUAGCACCUCUGUGUUUCAGCAAAUAAAAUCUUGAGUUCAUGUGUUGUUCCAUAAUAUGCGGGGUUAAAGAAAUUCACAUGUUAACAUUUAAUCUUUCAACCACUCGGCAGUCAUUAGAAUAAACGCCAGCAUCAGUCCCUGUAGGGAUCAGUGUCCAAUAUUAAACACUAGGUGGCGCCCUAGUUGCCUUAAUACUUGUGAAAGCUGUAGAUCAACAAAAAACUUCUCAGCAGAAGAAUUAGGACCUCAGAUUUAACCCUUGUGUCUCACAAAGGACCGAUUUUGCUUUUGAUGUGUGUUUUUCUUUUACCUCAGCUCCUUUUAAUGAGUGUAUAAUGAACUGUGAAGCCAUAAGCAUAGGAACGUUCUAUUAUAUUAGGCUUGCAAGCUAGAGCCUUGGCUUCAAAAUGUCUGUUUUUUUCCACUGGAUCGAGACAUUUUCUCAUGUUGGGCAAGUAUGCUAUUUUCCGGUUACUGCUCCAAAAAAUAAACUGCAUUAAAAUAAA